AUGCCCAGGGCUGGGUGCCCACUCACCAUGGACACUGCCCGGUACAGCAAGUGGCGCGGCGGGCUCGAGGAUGCCCCUGAAGGGCGCUGGGGACACUGGGGACGGAGACUCUUCUUCCUGGUCCUGGUGCUGGUGGCAGCCUUAGUCCUGUGGGCCCUCAUUCUGAGCAUCCUAUUUUCUCAGGCCUCCACGGAGCGGGGGGCGCUCUUCGGCCACCAGGACCUGCUGAGGACAAACGCCUCGAAUCAGAAGGCGGCGCUGGGUGUUUUGAACGAGGAGUUCCGAGCCUGCAACAGCUGCUGCUCAGGGACACAGACGCUGCUGCAGAGGGCACGCGCGGAGCUGGGGGAGGCGCAGGCGAAGCUGAUCGAGCAGGGAAAUGCCCUCAAAGAACUGAGCGAUCGCGUGACCCAGAGCUUGGCUGAAGCGGGCCGGGACCGCGAGAACAUCCGCAGCGAGCUGCUCAGGGCUCUGGAGGCCGCCCGGCUGGGGAACAGCUCCUGUGAGGAGUGCCCCGCAUCGUGGCUGCCCUUCCAGGGCGCCUGCUACCUUUUCUCCAUCCUGCGCGCCACGUGGGAGGAGUCGCAGCGCUACUGCGCGGGCAAAGGCGGGCACCUGGUGAUAGUCGGGGACCUGGAGGAGCAGGGCUUCCUGAGUCGGAACACGCAUGGCCGCGGCUACUGGCUGGGCCUGAGGGCCGUGCGCCGCGGGCGCCAGAUCCAGGGCUACCAGUGGGUAGACGGAGUCCCGCUCAGCUUCAGCCACUGGAACCUGGGGGAGCCCAAUGACUCUAUGGGGCGCGAGGACUGCGUGAUGAUGCUACGCACCGGGAUGUGGAACGACGCACCGUGCGACAACGAGAGGGACAACUGGAUUUGUGAAAAGAGGCGCAGCUGCUGACCCCGCCCCGCGCCCCGAGAGCCCCGCCCACCGCCCGUGGCCGAUCCCUGAGCGGUUCCCCUUCCCCGCGCCGCCCACCUCCAUCGAUUUCUUUAUUUUUCUCCAUCCCUGACUACGGAGAACCAUCCCUCCCAGCCUUGUCUGGUACAGGCACUGGGACCUCCGCUCCAGCCUCACCGCAAGCCCUCGGGUGGUCCUAACCUAGCCUCCACCGCACCCAAACCACCGGGUCCACUGACCCCACCUCCCUCCCUAGCCAAAGCCGGGCAAUUCAGGGACCGAGCUGUUUGGUGUUCUUGCAUCUUUCCCCCCAGACUGGGAAGCCUUACAGACAGGGGGUUUUGUGAGCUGUCUUCGCAGCACUUAGGAAGCAUCAAUAAAUCUUGAGAAAUGAAUCUUG